CUUGCCACUUGGGCACAUCACAUUGGCGCUGUAUUGAUAGCACGGACUGGACUGGACUGGGCUUCUAUCACGCGGUGGUCUAUCGUUGUGGUCUAACCCCACCUUCCCUUCUGAGCCCUGCAUUUUCCGAGACAACACCCGAGGGUGAGACACGGAUAUCGAGAGAUUUAUCUAGCUCGCCACAUUUACAAAGUUACAUGGACGAACCAAACAUGAUUCGGAAAGCGGCGGGCAAGAUCCCACAUAUUGGCAUUGUUGGCGCCGGUGUUGCAGGGCUGAGAUGUGCGGAUAUCCUGUUGAAGCAAGGUGUCAAGGUGACAAUACUCGAGGGAAGAAAUAGAGUUGGUGGACGGUUGUGUCAAAGCGAUGCGCUGGGUCACUUGGUCGAUCUUGGCCCAAAUUGGAUACAUGGCACAGACGACAAUCCCAUUCUUGAUCUUGCCAAGGAAACAAAAACUGUGACUAUGAACUGGGAUGGUCGACAGUCGGUUUUUGACAGUUUAGGAAAGCACAUGCCCGACAAAGAAGCAGCAGAAAAUAGUGAGCAUGUCUGGGGAAUCAUCGAGCAAGCAAUGAAGUUUUCGAAUCAAGAAUCUGCAACGAUACCGGCGGAGAUGAGUUUGUACGACUACUUCCAGGAGCAAGUGGUAAAGAUGUUUCCAGGCAAUGAUGAAGCGCCGAAGAAGAAGCAACGGGAUAUACUCGAGAUGGCCGAAAUGUGGGGUGCCUUUGUCGGCUCACCAAUCCAAACGCAAAGUCUCAAGUUCUUCUGGCUGGAAGAAUGCAUCGACGGCGAAAACCUCUUUGUAGCAUCAACAUAUGCCAAAGUCUUAGACAAGAUUGCUGAACCCGCACUCAAAGGUGCUACCAUGCUCUUCGAGCACAAAGUCAAAUCGAUUCUCUCCCACGAAACCAACAGCGAAACAACUGUCACCCUCGAACUCGAAGACAAGCAAAGUCUAACCUUUGACCAAGUAGUCAUAACUACACCCCUCGGCUGGUUAAAAAGAAACACAUCAGCUUUUACUCCCCCCUUACCACCCCGCUUCAACCUCGCAGUCCAAAACCUCGGAUACGGCCAUCUAGACAAAGUCUACAUUACCUUUCCCACCGCCUUCUGGAACACUUCCUCCACCACCACUUCACCCCCCAACCCAACCAACCCUCCAGCCACCGCCUCUUCAGACUCCUCCAUAAACCCCACCCACUACCCCGGCUUCACCCACUGGCUCAACCCAACUUACACCCCCAGCACAAACCCUUCAGCCUGGAACCAAGAAGCCGUCAAUCUCGCCGCCCUACCAUCAGAAACCGCACAUCCAACCCUCCUCUUCUACAUCCACGGUCCCACAAGCAAGCAUAUAGCGGGACUCCUCGCCUCGAUCCCGAAAGAAAAGCAUACAGAUAUUCUAAUCGAGUUUUUCGCUCCGUACUACUCCCUUUUGCCAAACUACGAAAAAGAUAGCAACGAGUGCCAGCCGAAAGCCGUGCUAGCUACGGUGUGGGCAAACGACGAGCUAGCGGGAUGGGGUUCGUAUUGUAAUUUCCAGACUGGACUGCAGGCGGGAGAUGAGGAUGUCGAGGUAUUGAGGCACGGGAUGCCGGAACGCGGGGUGUGGGUUGCGGGGGAGCAUUGUGCGCCGUUUGUGGCGUUGGGCACGGUGACGGGGGCGUAUUGGAGUGGGGAAGGGGCCGCGAGGAGGGUGGGUGAGGUGUGGGGACUGGGUGGGACGACUAAGUAGACUUGGGGGCACCUUAUCACACGUAGGUUAUUAGGGUGGAUAUAGUAGCAGAAGAAGAUGGCGAUUUGCAAAGGGUGGAUACAAAGACACAAACAAAUUCAAUUCACUGGCUUCCUCACUCGUUGCGCCAUACAAGAAAGUCGUAACACUUUGUCCUAAUCAGCGCAUUUCUUUCUUCUUUCUAUUGGUAUCUUCGCCUCAUUUCCCAAGACGAGCCACAGUAAUCCUUGUUUAGUUCUUGUGCUCCAGUUACGGAUUCGGUAGUAUCGUCACCCCCGCCAGCAGGCGAUCUAGUCGUCGCAUCGUCGCAUCCUCUGCUCAUCGAGUGCCAUUGGCGUCCAAUGUAAACCUGACACCUGACCAUGGACGGCGUUUUUCUACUCAUCUUCCAUGCCUUCAAGCAGUGUGUGUUCGAGCACAUCGCUCAAUGUGACGACUCCCUUGAGUUUGCUGUUCUCAUCAAUGACCACGAAGCGGUGCACG